AUGAAUCGUUCUACGAAGUAUCCGGCCUGUUCUUACAAGAUUCACAAGAACCAGAGUGGGGGAAGAGUAGCUGUCAACAAGGCUGCAAGUAUCAGAAGUGCGGGAAGAUCGACCAUCAGCAAGUCCCCGAGCGUCCACAGUGCCGCGGACAGCCAGCGACGCGAAAGUGCACUGCCGCCAAAGAAGUAUGAGGAUGUCGAGUCCGUCUAUGACGAAAAUGAGCGAGAUGACAGCGGUCGUCCCACGGGCAAACGGUAUUGGAUCUGCUGCAUCGACUGGAGUCAGUCCAAACAGACGUGGAUGUACAGGUUGAAGGACGCGCCGCGUCCGGGUGGAAUCACUGUUCGCUGGGUCGAGGAAGAGUCUCUGAGGGAAUGGAUUGCUUAG